CCGUCUCCCGCCUUGCGUCCGCUCGUACACGACCCAGCACCUUUCCCCACAAUAUUUUGAGAAAUACUUCAAGAUGGCGAGUUCGUCGGCUGCGGGCUCAGCGCAUACACUGGGCGAGAGCCGUGCACAAGCACUGCAGGCGCUCUUGAACUCGCUCUCUCCGGGCGCACAGGCGGAACAAGACGCCAAAUUGAAUUCCGAUCAGGUCCGGACAAUAUCGGACAAGUUGGGCGAGCUUCUAGGCGGGGACGCCGUGCCCGAUGUAGGUCAGCGGAACGAGAAGGGUGAGCUGCUUAAUGAGGAGGGUCUUCCGAUUGUCGACAUCGUCGAGCCCGUGCCCUCUAGCCAAGGUCCCGCGACCUCCGACCCCGCUCCCGCGAACAGUGAGACCGAUGUUCUCCCUCUGUGGACGUUGUCUCCCGCGGAGAUUGCGCGUCGACGCGCGGAACGGGAUCGCGUACUCGAUAUACUCGAAGAAGAAGAGCGGGCCGAGCAGGAGAAGGAAGAGGCUGAAGAGCGCGAACGCUUCCAAACCGAGCUCGAGAAGCGCAAGGCGGCAGCGAAGGCGGAGAUGGACGCGCUGAAGACGGCGAGGGAGAUGCACAAGAAGAUGGGCAAGGCGCUCCUCCAAAAUCUGGCCGUGGCGCGAGAGCGGGACGAGCAGGAGAAGCAGAAGUUGGAACAGGCGGAACGCCAAGCGAGGGAGGAGCGUACGCGGCUGAAGCCCAAGAAGAGUGUCACCUUUGCGGACUUGCCCCCGGAUCACGAGAACCAGCCCGCCAACAGCGUGCCUCCUCUGGAUUGGGGAGAUGUCGCGCCUGUUAAGCUGAACGCCGGCAAGACCACAGUCAUCACCCGCGGCGACAUGAACAAGCUUCCGAUGAAGAUGAACGUCGUUGAGCGUGUCCCUGGCAUUGGCCGUGGUCCCAAAUCUCCUCCGCCACCGACCUCCGCGCCGGCGGAUUCCGACGACGAGUCCGACCCAGGAUCGCCUGUUCCUGUCGAUUCCGACGACGGAGAAAUCAUUCAUUCGGACCUUUCCGACGGCGAGGAUGGACCCGCGCCAGAUCACGAUGAGUCUGAGGAGAGUGGGUCAGAGCAGCCAGGAGAUGAUGAGCCAGCCGAAUGGGACAUCGAAGGUUAUGACUUUGCUCAGCACCAACGCGAGAUCGCUCUCGCUUACUACGAAAAGCGCGCCACCGUAGGGGCAGAGGCUCUGGCGGCGAUGCGCAAUCACGAACACGGCGAGGAAGAGAACGAGUGGGAUCAACCAGUUGUACCGCUCGACGCAACUCUUUCCUCAGCUCCUCCCAAGCCGCCACAAUCUCGUUUCAAGUCCUCUCUAACGUCCACUUCCUCACUACCAUCUCAUUCGUUGGGCGCAUCUAUCCUACCCUCCUCCCAGUCCUCGACGCUGAAGUCUGCCGUGCGGCUAGGGAAGCUCAAAAGCGGGAAGUUGACGGGGGGUGAAGAUGGCGAAAGCGAAGAUGAACUCGACCCGCAGGCCAAAGAGAUGCUGGAGAUGCUGACAAAAGGCGAUGUCGUGAACGUUGGACCUAUCCUUCCCUCAAACGGCUCUACGGUGCCCACGAGCUCCCCCUCAUCCGCAACCCAGGCCCAGUCUAGUUCCGAUGAGCCGCCGGUAGAAGCUACCGCUCCGCCGAAACCUAAAGUCUCCAAAGUAUCACAGUUCAAGAUGUCGCUGGGAACACAGACGCCUCCCCUGGUCCCUGCGUCACCAGGCUCCGGGGUGUCCACACCCACCAGCAACGUCGAGCGGUCAUCCCCCAAGAUGAGCUCUCGGAGUGGAACACCCAUCGCUGUACCCACGAAAAUAUCGCGCAUUCCUGGAGCAUCGUGCGGAACCCCUCCGCCUCUCCCUCCACAAACGCCAGGCGUCAUCGUCGACUCGCCCUCGUUCCCCGUCACCGCUGCAUCGUUGAAGGCGGCUGGCAAGCGGCCCAUGCAGAUGCCCAGCAUGAUUGUCGAUUCCCCGUCGUUCCCUGGUGGCAACCCUUCGUCAUCUCCGCUCGUCCCAUCAGGCCUAAGCGCGUUUGAAUCAGCCAUCCUUGAGUCGCCGUCAUUCCAGAGCCCCACAUCCACCCUUAUCGGCACGCCCGUUAGCGCCACGCCCUCCCCGUCGCCCGCUCUGGCUCAUUCGAGGGCGCCCGUUAGUAAUUCGGUCCUCGAGCGGAAACCAUCAGUCGCGGGCGCGGUGAGAGAUUCCAGUCCGUCCACCCCUGUCCCUACCAGAGCGCAUGGAGCCGGGAGGGAAAAGAGGGUGUCGAGGUUCGCCGCGGAGAGAAUGUGAAGAUGCCC